CAGUUGGUUCGCUCCGCCGUGUCUGGGGCUCAGCCAGAGCUGUGAGAGGCUGUUAUUUAGGUCUGUUACAGCAGACAGAGAGCAGCUCACCCAAGGGCAAGGGGGAAGAGGAGAGAGGGAGAGAGAGAGAGAGAGAGAGAGAGUCAGAGAGAGUCAGAGAGAGAGAGAGAGAGAGAGUCAGAGUCACGCUCAGCUCGGCUCGGCUCAGCUCAGCUCAGCCCAGGCAAGCAGGAACCAGAUCUGCAUUCCAGCUGAGAGGGAAAGAAGGGGGGAGAACAAGCUCCAGCAUCGGCAGGAAAGAGCAGCAGAGAGCGAGAGAGAGAGAGUGAGAGAGUGAGGGUGACAGAGAGAGAGAGAGAAGUGAAGGCAGCGGAUCUGUUGCUGCUGUUUGUUGUCGUCGCGGCCUCAGCUGAGAGACGUGCGCGCUCGGACGCAGGCAGCACUGAGGAGCGCUCGUAGUUGGGGUUUUGGGCUUUUUUUUUUUUUUUUUUUUUUUUUUUGUUUGUUUGUUUUUUGUUGUUGCGUGUUGUUGCUGAGGGCGAGGGGGAGGAGGAGGGGGGGCGGGUGCCAUGUUCGACUGUAUGGAGGCUCUGGGAAUGGGCCCCCGUCAGCUCUAUGAUGUCACCAGCCGGGGCGCGUGCAUGCUGCGGAAGGCGAGCCCCUUCUUUGCGGGGCUGGACCCCUUCGCCUGGACGGGCAGUGCGAGCGUUCAGUCGGUGGAGACCCAGAGCACCAGCUCAGAGGAGAUGGUACCCAGUUCACCGUCUCCACCUCCCCCACCUCGUGUCUACAAGCCCUGCUUCGUGUGCCAGGACAAGUCCUCAGGGUACCACUACGGGGUCAGCUCCUGUGAGGGCUGCAAGGGUUUCUUCCGCCGCAGUAUCCAGAAGAACAUGGUGUACACCUGCCACCGAGACAAGAACUGCCAGAUCAACAAGGUCACACGCAACCGCUGCCAGUACUGCAGGCUGCAGAAGUGCUUUGAGGUCGGCAUGUCCAAGGAAGCGGUGCGUAAUGACAGAAACAAGAAGAAGAAGGAUGUGAAGGAGGAGUUGGUGCUUCCAGAGAGCUAUGAGCUAAGUGGAGAACUGGAGGAGUUGGUCAAUAAAGUCAGCAAAGCUCACAAAGAAACCUUCCCGUCACUCUGCCAAUUGGGCAAAUACACCACCAACUCCAGCUCAGACACCAGGGUCCAGCUGGAUCUGGGUUUAUGGGACAAGUUCAGUGAGCUCUCCACCAAAUGCAUCAUCAAGAUUGUUGAAUUCGCCAAGCGGCUGCCGGGUUUCACCACCCUCACCAUCGCCGACCAGAUCACUCUACUUAAGUCUGCCUGCCUGGACAUACUGAUGCUGAGGAUUUGCACACGCUACACUCCAGAACAGGACACUAUGACCUUCUCAGAUGGCCUGACUCUGAACCGGACCCAGAUGCACAACGCCGGUUUCGGACCUCUCACAGACCUGGUGUUUGCCUUUGCCGGCCAGCUUCUACCCCUGGAGAUGGACGACACAGAGACUGGCCUCCUCAGCGCCAUCUGCCUCAUCUGUGGAGACCGUAUGGACCUAGAAGAGCCCCAGAAAGUGGAUAAGCUGCAAGAACCUCUACUCGAGGCUCUGAAGAUCUACGCCCGCCGCCGUCGCCCCAACAAACCUCACAUGUUCCCCCGCAUGCUGAUGAAGAUCACCGACCUCAGGGGCAUCAGCACUAAGGGUGCAGAGAGAGCCAUCACUCUGAAGAUGGAGAUCCCAGGGCCAAUGCCUCCUUUGAUCAGGGAGAUGCUCGAGAACCCGGAGGCCUUUGAAGACCAAACAGAGGGCAACGAGAGCCCGCCACCUCCGCCGCCUCCACCGCCACCUCCAGCACCGGCCCAGGUCAAGCAGGAGGCUGAGGAUGAGGACGACAGCUGGGCCACAGAGAACGGCAGCGAGCCGUCGCCGGAGGAGGAUGAAGACGACGACGACGACGGGGGAUGAAGAUCGAGACAGGGGCUCGGACAGUGAUGGGGAGCCCUGGGGGGUUCUGGAUGCCAUAGACGGGUCGAGGAAAGGCAUGGUGGGGAGGGCGCAGUGAACAGAGCAUUUCAAACAUGCACACACUCAAGCACAUACAAGUUCACAUACACGUACACACACACACACACACACACACACACACACACACACACACACACACACACACACACACACACACACACACACACACACACACACUCAAACAUAAAUUGAGACGAACAACACAACCUCACUCACUCUCCCACCUCAACAAAGUGCUGGCCCUCCCUCCCCCCUUUUCUCUCUCCGUACUGCACAUCACUGUGUCCUCCACAGCGGAGCACAGCAGAGCCUUAUGUGUACAGACACUUCUAACUCAGGCCACAUGGUCCAUGACAAGUGAACUACAGGAAAAAUAAAGUAAAAGAGAGAAGACAGUAAAUCACAUGAACUCCUGGCACAGCCAAGAGGCAAGUUACCAUGACAAACAGAACCUCUUUGAGAAAGCUACAUGUCUCUUUUUCUUCCACUGUUGUUGUUUAUAACGAAAUAGGGGAACAGCCAAACCAGACACCAGAACUGAGCAGUUGAUUCCGAUGGAUUACAACAAGCACAUUUCUCAAAUGACAACAAGAGUACAGGGCAAAACCAAAUCGAGUAUACUAAUCUUUUGUUUUUGUGGUUAUUGCUUUUGAAUAUUGUUUUCAAUUUUACUUUUCUUUUUUUUUUUUUUUUUUUUUUCAAUUUAUUGUAUAAGUCCAUACAUAUCUAUAUACCAUUAUAUUUUUGUCUUUAUUUGUUAUUCUGGUUUUUAUAUAUGAAUCCUUUUAGACAAGUUAGUUUUCUUUGAAGCGCUUUCCUGAGAAGAUAUUCUGAGGGAAAGAAGGGUAAUCAGAACUGGCUGGGUCUUCCUUAUCAGCUACAUAUGCUUAGCUGGGGCUUUUUUGGGCACUUUGGCUCACUGUGGAUGUCAAUGAUAAUCAACCCAGAGAACUAUUGUUAUGUUGCAGUGACUUAAUCAGUUUCUGUUAUCAGGGAAUUGGCAUUAUUCUCGUUGCAGCCGACUAAUGCUGUCAGUGCAGACAGUAAGCAUCUUUGUGCCAAAGUUAGGAAAAGUCAUCUUGGGAGCAUGAGUGUGACUUCCGGCAGGGACUGCAGCCACCAUCCAGCGAUUCCUCCCAGCGGCGCGGUCACUCAUACAUGCACUAACACACAAAACACACACACACACAAACAUACAUGUCAUACACACACUCCGAUCUCACUACCCUAAGCUGUAGCAGAUACCUGGCAUCGAGUGCCCGGACAGAGAUUUUACACUUGACCGAAUAUGUAGCACUUUUGUGAUCCUCUAUUCAAGUAAGGCACAUCUCGUGCGCUGAGAGUAGAGUAUCUGUCUGGGAGCUCAUAUUUUCCGUUAGCGUGUCCAAACUAAUGACGGCAUCGACAUAUACAACACAAUCAACCUUAGAGCACUCCCAGAUGACGUCAUUAGACAAAUGCACACUUCAAGCAUGGACACAAAAACAUUCAUACAUAGCAGCAUCAUGCAUCAACACAUUGAUCAAAGACAUAUGCAAGUCGAAAGCAGGAAUCUUCAUGGAAGACAUUUUGGAUUCAGACUCAGGGCUUUUCAGUAAGGACCAAACUCUCGCUGCAUUCAGGCUCGCUAGAAAACAGGCAAUAUUUAUGUGUGUGUUCUUGACUCCGUUUUGAUCAGCUCAACUCCUCUGCGUGUACAUAGAAGGUGACAAGUCUGAGAAAUCAGCAUGGGUGCCAGCCGGACUCUCCCACAGGGGGGGGUGGGGACAUAUCAUCGUAGUCAUCAUCACUGCCCCUCCUGUGCCCGUGCUGGCAUCCAAACAGCAAACUGCCUUCUCAUACCAAAAGCCAUUAUAUCGUCUUGUCUUCUUGUGUACAUCCUAGCGUCUCUUUAAAUGAGCUGUGGAGGAUAAUGUGUUCUCAUGUAUCAUUUCUUUAUUGCCAAAUUGUCUCAGAGCGCGGCUGAUUGACAGUACAGAGGUUUUUUUUUCUCUCUCUCUCUAUCUCUCUCUCUUUGAAGCAAUAUGAACUUUUUUCUGUACUGGCGAAAGGUCCCAUCUUCUGAAUAUGGGCAGGUCUCCUCAGUUUGUGCGUAUGUGUGUGCGCGUGUGUGUGUAUGUGAGUGUGAGUGAGUGAAUGCUUUUAACAUGUUUCGAGUCAUUGGGUGAAUGACCACAUCCCCUCUCUCUUUGCUGGGCUGUCAUGAUGUCAGUGAUAGUAAUGCAGGCAGAACUUUGAGAUUAUGUUGUUUCAUGUUUUUGUUUUUCAACAUGGCCAAGGUGUUGUCCACUCUCUGUUUAUGUCAACUCUUGUCAUACAAAGAAAAGCCAUAUAAACAGUAAGAGGCACAAUAAACUACUUUUGUGA